UUUUAUCCUCUCACUCUGUCACUCUCUCUCUCUCCUCUCACUCUGUCACUCUCUCUCUCUCUUACAGUGUUAUGUUGUGGUGUUGCAAUAAUAAGCAAAAAAGAUAAAGAGGAAUCGUUUCUUUUCGCUAGAGACAAGCCUCAUCUCGUCAUCUCCCAUCUCCCCGACCCCCCAGCCAAAGCUAAAGCCUUUUCUUCUCUCAAACCCUUAAUGGCCGCAACAAGGUAAUCUCCAGUCGACUAUGAAGAUCACUUCCAAGUCGAUCCUCAGCCCCGGCCACGCCGUCAGAGACCCGCCGGUCUCUCUCUCCACCUCGCUCAGUCGCCGCCUCCGCACCAACCGUAGCCUCAAGGGCGGCCAGUCCCCCAUGUUCCCCACCGCCGCCAAGAAACGCGGCGGCGCCGCCUUCGACAACCCCGAGCCGUCUUCCCCGAAAGUCACCUGCAUUGGCCAAGUCCGGGUCAAGACAAAGAAGCAGGGGAAGAAGCUCCGGACCCGCCGUGCCGGCGAGGUCAGCUUCCGCCGCAUUGAACAGAAUGCGAAUCAGUCCACUCAGCCGCCGCAGGAUUGCUUGCGGCAGAGGAACCAGAAAUGGGUUCAUUUACCCCUCACGAUUUGCGAGGCUUUGAGGGCGUUUGGGGCAGAGUUCAGCUGCUUGUUCCCCUGCCGGUCGUCAUGCUUUUCCACCGGCGAGAGGGGGAAGGAGGAGAAACCGGCUGGCGGAGGGGAGCAGCAGAGUUCUUGCGGCGCGGUGUUUGCGCGGUGGUUGGUGGCGGUGGAGGGCGGAAAAGGGGGGAGAGAGAUUGAAUUGGUGGUGGGAGGAGAGGAAGAGAGACUGGAAAUGGAAAGCAGGGAGAGGGCUUUUAGGAGGCAUGGCGAUUUCGUGGUGGAAGGAGAGAUUGGUGCGGUCAAAGGAGAGAGCUUUGCAGUAAAGAAUGAAGUUUUGGAGGAAGAAGAAGAAGAAGGCAGAGUGAGUAUUUGUGUUCCUCCCAAGAAUGCUUUGUUGUUGAUGAGAUGUAGAUCUGAUCCCAAUAGAAUAUCGGCUCUCGCCAGUCGAUUCUGGGAGUCGACUGCUCUCCAGGUUGAACAGGAAGAAGAUGAUGAGCAAGAAGAAGAAGAUGAUGAUGAGGAAGGGCAUGAAGAUGGUACUGUAGACCAAGCUGAGUCAAGAUUAAUGGAGGAUAAAGAGGUUGAAAUGGCUGAGAAAUUGGUGGGCAGUGAAACCAGCGAGGAAGAGCAAGACAGCCCAAAUGCAGAAGCUGAAGAAAAAGAAAACCCAGAAGCUGAAAAAUUAGAAAUCAGUGGGGAACUGGUAGAAGAAGAAGAAGAAGAAGAAGAUGAUGAUGGUGAUGGUGAAGAAGAAAGUCAAGAAAAGGAAAUGGAAGAAGAAAGUCAAGAAAAUGAGUUGACUCAAUUGAGUGGUUGUUCGUCCGAAGAUUUUCUAGAUCCAGAGAACCCGGAAGAGGAAGAGAGAAGAGAGAGCCAUCAUUCUUCUUCUUCUUCAGUAGUUUCAGAGCAAUCAGAUUUAGCAGACGAAAAUGAAGCGGAGUAUGAAGAAGCUACAUUGGAAGAAGAAGAAGGAGACGAGGAGGAGGAGGGAAAAGAAGAGAAGUCAACGGAAGAGAAAGAGACCCAAGAAAGGCCUUUGGAAGAGGAGCAAGAAGUGACAGUGACCCAAGAGAGAUCGGAAUCAGAAGAAACCCAGAAAGAUGAAGAAAGGGCGGAUCAGCCACAAGAGAGAGAAGAAGAAGAAGGAAGCCAUGGGAAGGAUAAGAGAGAAAGCAGCAGCGAAGUGUUGCCGGAAUGCUUGCUGUUGAUGCGGUACGAGCCCAAGCUGUCAAUGGAGGUUUCCAAAGAGACGUGGGUUUGCAGUACGGACUUCGUCCGGUGGCUGCCGGAGAGACGUCAGCCGGCGGUCGAAAAAACCGGUGGCGACGACAAUGAGGGGAAGAAGAGGGCCAGUACGAACUCCUACAAUGCAGCGGCGCCGCAACAGCCUCCGCGCUCGUCCUGCUCGUUGCCGGCGACGGCGGCGGCGUCCAUGGCGGCCAUGAUAGAGCAGAGGCUGGUCAGCGCCGUGGCUUACGAGCCCUUCGUCUUGACUCGCUGCAAGUCAGAGCCCAUGAGGACAGCGGCGGCUAAGCUUGCGCCGGACACCUGUUUCUGGAAGAACAGGAAGCUUGAGCCGCUCCGCCGAGCCACUUUGGGAGUUGGCGCCGCGGGAGUCGGCUUCUAAGCCCAGCUGAUCGUGGAAACUGGAAAGGGGGGUCAUCAAUCAGGUGUAGGCGGUCGCAUGGGAAAGAAACUCUCGUGCUGUGGCAUGGUUGUACAUUUUUUGUUUGGUAGCGUUUUCUCAGCGGUUUUGUUUUGUUUUCUUUUCUUUUCUUUUUAACCGUAAGUAUUGUUAGAUUCACUCUCUGAUAUGCAUCUUUGCCCCAUCCAUUCCCCCAUCUCUCUUAGUGCAUGUGAUGAUGUUAGUUGGUAUUGGUGUACAUCUCGAUCAAUCAGAGCCGUUAAAUUUGUUGGAA